AUGCAUAAGAGGAAAAGUAAUGGAACUUUGUGGAGCUGGCAUAAGCAUCGCAUACCGAAGGCCCGUGGGACUUCUGCAAGUGGCCUCGAGCUACAUAUCAACAACCUUGGAAGCCGGAAUGGGAGCUUUGACUUGGAUUCACAACAGGAAUGGGAACCAGCAAUUAUGGAAGGAGGAGAGCGCGAACAUAGGCGAAUUCCAUCGUCGUCGUCGACGUUGCACUUCGGCGCAGCAGAAAGGCUGGAGAGCAAUGUGAAGCCUCAGCAUGUGACGUGGAUGUCUCUUCCUCGAAAAGACCAGCUGGCCGGUUUUCUUCAAGGCGCAUUCACGGCUGCUCAGUUUGCUACUGCUGUUCCCUGGGGUCAUGCUGCCGAUGCUAAAUUGGGUGAACGGAAAUUUGUCCUGCUUCUAGGGACGAGCGUAUCCUAUCUGGGUAUUGCGUUUUCGACGUCGUUUACCCAGGCCAUGUUCUGGCGUUCCUUUGGUGGAGCUAUCAAUGGUAUGGUUGGAAUUAUCCGGACCAUGAUAGUGGAAAAUAUCAGGAAGAAAAACUACCAGUCAAGAGCCUUUUCGAUUCUACCAAUCGGAUUUAAUAUUGCUUCCCUAUCCGGGCCAGUGCUGGGUACUGUCCAUGGCAUUAUUGGACAGUCGGUUUCAUCCGCAUUCCGCACAGUUGGCCCAGUUUUUGCAUGGUCAUGGUAUGGUCUGGGGCUCGAAAUUGGUAGUUAUGGUGGGAUUGGCAUUGUGGCUAGUGGCGGUUGUCUCAUGUCUUGGAUGCACAGCGGCAUUUUGGGUUUAUGA